UUGGAAAGCACAGCGCCGUUGCCAUUGGCUUUGCGAGAGGCGCUGUCUCUAGGGAGGCAAGCUUGGCGAGGCGGCUCCAACUGGAGCCGGGGCUUCGCUCCCUGUAACCAAGGAGCGAGUGUGUGUACAGCGGCAGACACAGCCCACACAGAGCUCUGCUUGCUUCCAGCCCCUCUUCUCUCCAUGCACCAGGCGGUUCACUCAGCUCGCGCGCUCCUAUUCCCACCUCAAUGGAGGAAGAGACUCCAGCUUUUUCCCGCCUAGCAUCCUGGGCUAUGCUCUAAUGCGCGGACUGGCUCCUAGGUAGCCCAGUUAACGCCGUUCGCUGGACCUCGCCUCGGUCUCUCAGUCUCCGCCCUGCCGGCUCCUCCCUCCCUCCUGCUUUUGCUUGAGAGCCGGGAAAAGGGACCUCAAGCGGCACAGAAGCAGCAGCAACGCGGGAGCGCCAGCCCCUCGCCUCGGUAGCUAAUCUUAUGGCGUCUCACCAGCAAAACAGGAUUCAAGCCUACCUGGAGAAGAACAAGAUCGGGCCCCUCUUCGAGGAAUUGAUGACCAAGCUGAUAACAGAGACUCCUGACCAUCCAAUCCCAUUUCUCAUUGACCACCUCCAGUCAAAACAGGGUAGUCGUAGUCAGCUUCAGAGGACAUUGUCUGGAUCUGCUGCUCUCUGGGCAGAAAGUGAAACUACAGAAAACAAGGGAACAAGAAGGGAUUUCAGAAGUUAUGAUAAACCCUGGCAGACAAAUGCAAAGAAGCCUAAGAAAUCAAAGAGUGACCUUGCAGUUUCCAACAUUUCUCCCCCAUCACCAGAGUCCAAAUCAUGUAAGGAAAUGUUAAGCACAUUUUGUAUGCCAAGAUCAGUAGAACACCCCAAAUGGGAUUGGAGGACAAAAUCAGAACAUCAUGAUUUUGAUGAAUUAAAUCACAUUCUUCAAGAAAGUAAGAAGCUUGGUAAAGCCCUGGAGAAUCUUUCUCGAAGCAUUGCCAUUUCUGAUGAGCUUGAUAAGGAUGCAGCAGCCUUUAAUGCUCCUCUUCUACGACCCCGUGUUGUUGGAGAAUGGGUUGGCCGUGAAGAGAAUGAUGCAGAUCCAUUGGCUGCUGAAAUGCUACAACCUCCAAUACCAAGAAGCAAAAUGGAGCAGUGGGAUAGUGAAGAUAGCAACAGUCCUGGAGGAAGUUUAAAGAUGGAACCAAAGACUAAAGGAUUGAAACAGCAGCAGCAGCAACAUAAGAAGCUACUAGCUGCCAUGCUGUCCCAGGAUUCAUUUGAUUCUGUACAAAGCACAGCUCCAUCAGUAACAGAAGAAGAUAUUGACAAUGAAGAUGAUGCAAUGGAAUUGCUGGAGGAUCUUGAUGAUUUAAGAAUGGAAGGGGUAACCAGUGUCAUUUCUUCUGGGAGCAAAUUUAACCAAACUCGAAGUACACAUACAGCUGAACCACAAGCCAAGGUUACAUUGAACAUCUGUGCAAGAUGUGCCAGACUGCAAGGAGAUAACUUGGCAGAAAGAACAGAGGACGUAUCUGUUGCCUCUCAGACUCUUGAGCAAGAAGCAUCAGAAUCUGUUGUGCCUGGAGCAGAAAUUUCAAUGGAAAGCAGUGAUGAAUUGGAGAAUGUGCUUCAAGCGACAGAGCAGAGUCAAGCAGCUUGGGAUGUAGACAUUAUGGGUUCCAAAAGUGGAGACUCUCCAAGUCAGAAGCUAUUAAAAGAUUCCUUGGCUGUGAAAGAACUUCAAACCAUGGAAAAACACCUUGCUGACAUUGCAAAGGACCUAGCAUUGUGGGAAGAAGGAAGACUAUCACGGAAUACCAGCAGCCAACAAACAAAUAUAGUUACACUAGAUCACCAAGGAAAUUUUAAAGUUUCACCAAGCCAGGAUUCAGGACCUCAAGUGCCAAGUCUGACUGAGAAGGAUAUUCAGCUCCAACUUCAAAGAAACAAAUCACCACCAUUAUCCAUUAACAAUAGACUGCAGGUCUCAAAUGUCACAAACAGUAGGCCUCAAUCUCCCAGUACACAGACCAACAGGUCUUCUUUGCUGCCAGCUCCAUCGAACAGGUCUGUAACCCCAAAUGCUUUGUUACAAAGACCUAUUUCCCCUAGCAACCAACGAAACAAGGAAGGAGUCAUUAGCAUGCAAAGAAGCCGGUCUUUAAUAUCAAACAACCAACUUGGGAGCACCAUCACAAAUCCCUCAGGGCUCCUUGAAACAAGCGGAGACACUCUAGGAAACAUCACUCAAAGAAGCAAUUUGUCUGAAGAUGAAUUCUUGCAACAACCUCAACUUGCUCACCACCCUUGGAUUUUGCCAAGUGACACUGAAAGUGAAGGAGUGGAGGCAGAUCAAGGUAAAUGUUUAUGAAUGAAAUCAGUGGAAGCAACGAAGAAUGGUUUCUCAUAAAUGUGUAACCUGCAAGUGAAAAAUUCUUUUCAUUGAUUAUGAAUAAUAAAAGCUUAUUUUUAUAAAUUCAACACAACAUAAGUGUAAUUAUUUUAAUGUGUGGAUGCUAAAAUGCACUAACCUCACAUCUUAUUAUAGUACAAUGGCCUUAGGUAAAGAUGGUUAACAGUCACUUUUUAAUACAUAGUCCGUAAUAUAAUGUAUUUUGUUUAAUUUAUACCCCUCUUGUUUUCAAUUAGCAUUUGAUAUAUUAAACUUUGCCUGGUGAAAACAAAGUUUACUUAGAUUUUAUGCAUUUAACUUGACUAAGGUUUUCUAUUUCUUAUAUUUUUCUAAACCUUCCUCAUUUUUAAAUCAAUCAACUUUUAAAGUAUUUACCUAUAUCUGCCAGUAUAUAUAUAACAUUGACAUCACAAAUAGUUGGCUAUUCACUCAUAAUCACUGUAGAAAUUUGCUGAGAUAAUAGAAAGGAACGAAUGGGCGGCAUGUGUACUCACACAAGCAUAACUAAGAGGAAUUGGCAGUUUCACAGUGCUUUUACUGGGUUCUAAUUAAAUCUUUUACAAAAUAAACAGACUAUUAAGUGAACUAUAAUGUGGAAUGCAGCAUGCAUAAGUGAAGUAUACUAAUUUUAUAAAUGAUAUCAUAUGCUAAAUGGCUUAAGCAUUUGAAGAUUUAUUAUGUGUGUUUAUGUGUGUUUGAAACAAGUUGACUAUUCUGGGUCUGGGUCUGGCAUUUCAAAUUGCAAAGCUUUCAAAUGAAAGAGCUGUCAGAAUGGCUGCAUUUGCAGUAUCCAUUUAGCUAUUUAUUCUGUUGAGCAUGGGUUUGGUUUAGUGCCUUUUCUCUUUUAUUCUGUUUCUCAGCCAUAAUUGCAUAAUAAAGUUGCCUGCUACUGUUGCAAUAGAUAUACAUUGUCAAAUUACUGAAGAAAUAAACUGAAC